CGAUUUACAAAAAGAAGUUGUGCAUUUGUUCAUCAGGAUGGUAACAAAAAUCACGCUUUUGCUGUGUUUGGCUUUGGCGUACACAGUCUCCGGAAACCAUGGUACGUGCAGCCCUAACAACGGCACGUGGUGGCGUGGCUGCAACUCCUGUUGGUGCCACUUCGGCGUCCCUGCCUGCACGCACCUUUGGUGUGGCCUGCCUGACUGCCUUAUGGCUGGCGCGCAUCCCUGUACAGCCGACGAGCUGUGUGUCCCAGUGUCGCCAUCGCUUUGCUUGAGGCCCGAAUGCGCACCGCUAGGCGAGUGCCGGCUCGUGGCUGGACGCCGUGUAGAGCCGCCCGCUCUGCCGGCACCAGCUGCUUGUUACCGCGUCGACGCAGCCACGGCGCCCAACGAUUGCGCGAGAGUGUCACUUCAACUUGCGCGGGAGCAUUUUGCCAGCGGCGCGCAUGUUGAACGUGCUUGUUUCGCUCUCCGCCGUGCCCUAGCCACCGCGAUCGCUGGCAAUGUGCCAUCUGCACCGCUAGUGUUACUCUGCGAUCUGGCCGAGAAUGACGAUGCCCUUGAUCUUACUAUUUGGGUCGGAGAAGACAAAAGUCUUGAGGGAGCGCCCAAUACCGAUGCGUUGUCUGAUGCAGUGCGCUCCCUGAAUGAACUGGUGGCGCAGAAGCGGUUUGCGCAUGACCCGCUGCUAGGUGCUGCGACACGCAUGCGUGUGCUGCACGGACCGACCGCGCCUGCGCCUGCUGUCUCCGGUGCACCUAGCCUCACCUGCCUGACGCUAGCUUUGCCAGUGAUGCUGGCGGCAGCAUCACUACUGAUGCUUGUUGUAUGAUAUCGCUGUGUAAAUAAAUGGCUUUAUGAAAAAGAAUAAAAAUUUUCUAUCUCUA